ACGCACACAAUGUCCACCUACACCAGCACUAUACAGCGGCGAAAGGCGGCAAGAUCCAAAUCGAAAACAAAACAACAACAUGCAGAGCAUCUCAUAGACAGCCAAAAUGAGAGCAACGAACAAAACGAAAGACUUCACUUUCGCACCACAGGCGACAAGCAGUCACAGUCGCAGUCGCAGUCGCAGCCACAACGUCGUCGUUCAACAACCUCGGCAGCUAACUCACCACUGUGCUGUAACGGCAGCUUACCCACCACAGCCGUACUCAACUGUUGUCGCGACGUCAACUGCCACCUGAAUGCACCGCUGCGCGGUAGCGUUGAGCGCAGUAGACGAUCGGCGAGCUGGAAAUCAUCGACUCAAUCCGAUCGCGCCUCCCCAGCGCCAGCCUCGAAUUCGCCAUCACCAACACCAACAUCGUCUACCUCCGCUCACGCCCCCACCUCUGAACAGGACGAAGAACGGCGCACACACUUGUGUUCCAGUGCGCCUGCUGGCGGCGUCUGUGACGAGGAUUGCCAUAAGCUUAAUGCUGAUCGGGGCCACACUCCGGCACGAUUUACUGUUAGCCUGAACAUUGAUCUUAUCAGCUGGGGUCUGUUCCUGUUGGCGUUCAGCACUAGAUUCUACAAGUUGGCAACGCCGCCGCAUGUCGUCUUCGACGAACUUCAUUACGGCAAGUACAUCUCCCACUAUCUGCGCAAUGUAUUCUUUUUCGAUCAGCACCCACCACUCGGGAAGCAAGCAAUCGCAGCAGUAGUCAGCUUUGCUGGCUACGAUGGCAAUUACACGUUCCCGCGCAUUGGUGCUGCCUAUGCUCCCAACGUUCCGAUCUUCUGGUUGCGUUUCUUGCCGGCAUUAUGUGGCAGCCUCCUAGCUCCGGCAGUCUACAAGCUGCUGCAGGACGCGUUACUGCGACGCUGGACAGCUGCGCUCGGAGGCCUGCUUGUGGUGCUGGACAACUCGCUGUUGACGCAGUCGCGUUUCGUGCUCAUGGAGUCGAUGCUGCUGCUAUGCAGUACUCUGGGACUUAGCUGUCUGAUCCGUUUCCAGCGACUACCCCUGGGCAGCUUUCGUUGGGUAACGACUGGAGUCGCAGCAGCACUGUUUCUUGGCUGCGCCGGCAGCAUUAAGUAUGUUGGCUUCUUGGCCUUGGCACUGGCCGGUUACAUUAUGUGUCGGCAUUUCUGGCAAAUUCUUUACGAUAGUCGGGUGUCGGAUUUCCAGAUAUGGAUGCUUGUACUGGGUCGUACCCUAUUGUUUGUCGGCAUACCACUUGCCGUCUAUGUGAGCGUUUUUUAUGUGCACCUACAAACGCUUUAUCGAGCAGGACCGCAUGACAGCAUUAUGACCAGCGCGUUUCAGGCCUCGCUGGAUGGUGGCUUGGCAUCAAUAACGCGCGGUCAGCCCCUCAAGGUGGUUCAUGGCUCUCAGAUCACGUUGCGGCACACGCAUGGUCGCACCUGCUGGCUGCACUCGCACGCCCACGUCUAUCCGGUACGCUACAAGGAUAAGCGGGGCUCCUCCCAUCAGCAGCAGGUCACAUGCUAUUCCUUUAAGGACGUGAAUAAUUGGUGGAUUGUUAAGCGGCCGGAGCGUGAUGAUCUGGUGGUGGGUGACGAGCCUGAUCCCAUACGGCAUGGCGAUGUCAUUCAGCUGGUGCAUGGCAUUACCAGUCGAGCCCUCAACUCCCACGAUGUGGCCGCGCCGAUGACGCCGCAGUGCCAGGAGGUCAGCUGCUACAUUGACUACGAAAUAAAAAUGGCGGCGGAACUGUUGUGGCGCGUGGAGAUUCUCAACAGACGCACUGAAGGAGAGCUCUGGCAUGCCAUUAAGUCCGAGAUACGUCUGAUCCACGAGACGACGGGCGCGGCACUACGCUUCAGUGGCCGCCAACUGCCCGACUGGGGCUUCAACCAACACGAAGUGGUUGCCGAUCGCGAGCAGGCUCACGAGGAUGCCAUUUGGAAUGUGGAGGAGCAUCGCUAUACGAAGACUCAAGAUCAGCGUGAACGCGAACGUCAACUCCUCUCUGCUGAAAUGAUACCCACCAAGCGGACAAGUCUCUCCUUUUGGGCCAAGUUUCUGGAGCUGCAGACGAAAAUGUUCUGGCACGCCAAACAGCUUUCGGGCCACAUGUACAGCUCAGAGCCAAUCGAGUGGCCGCUGCUUGACAAGGGUAUUGCCUACUGGCUGGAUUCGGGAUCUAGUGCGCAGAUCUAUCUGUUGGGCAACCUGCUCAUCUGGUAUAGUGGUACCUUCAGCCUUCUGGCCUAUGUAUUGCUGUUCUCCUUCCACGCAGUGCGUAGACGUCGUCUCUGCCUUGAUCUGUCGGAAUGCGAGUGGCAACGCUUUCUGGAUGCUGGGGAUACCUUCUUUAUGGGCUAUUUAAUACACUACUUGCCAUUCUACUUUGUCGACCGGACGCUCUUUCUGCAUCACUAUCUGCCCGCCUUCCUCUUCAAGCUGAUGCUGCUCUGUUUCGUGGUGGAUCAUGUGGACUAUCUGUUGCGCCGGCACUGCGGACGUGCCCUCUUCAUCUUGAGGGGCUAUCGUGUGGGGAUUCUGUCUUGGCUGAUAGCUGUUGCCGCGGUAUUUGUCAAGUUCUUGCCACUGAGCUAUGGAACACGAAAAAUGUCUAGCGAAGAAGUUAUUGAACUGCGCUGGAAGGACACCUGGGACUUUGUGCUUCAAAAGAACUAUGCUCUCUAUUGAGAGUGGGCCGUCCUUUGAAUUGUUUGUUGCUCAAGAAUACCUUGUAUCGAAUUGUUAUUGUUUAUAAUCGAUAUACAAUUUUGGCAUUUACAUAGCUAUACAAAUUAUUUGCCUGUUUGACCACCCACAAGAAAUACAUACUCGUACAUACAUUCAUACAUACUCGUAUGUGUAGCUUUGUCUUAUUUUAAGUUA